AUGAGUGAUCCAUGGGCAGAUUACGAUCCUAAUAUAAUAUCAGCUUUACAAGAAGCUUUUGGAGAUAUCAUAACAGCAAAGCCACUUACAAAUUUAUUAUCAGGAGAUUCCGGUCCAUCAAUAGCUGGUGGUUGUUCAUGUAAUCGUUCUCUUAUGAUUUUUAUAGCACUUAUGGUAUUUAACGCAAUAUUGUUCUGGGUGUAUAAUCGAGGAAAAAAAGAUAUUGAGAAAAAAAUCAAGAAACAUGGAUAUUACUAA